AUGGUAUUUCACGUGGUGCCAACGGCUCUGGAGAUCUCCCUUGUGUGUGGCAUAUUGACCUACCAAUAUGGACUCCAGUUCGCGGCUAUUACGACUGCCACUAUGGUCGCCUACUCAGCUUUCACGAUCACUACGACUGCCUGGAGAACGAAGUUCCGAAAGCAGGCCAAUGCGGCGGACAACCGCGGGGCCACGGUGGCCGUGGACUCACUGAUCAAUUACGAGGCCGUCAAGUAUUUCAACAAUGAGAAGUUUGAGGUCGCACGCUACGACAAGGCGCUCAAGGCCUACGAAGAUGCUUCCAUCAAGGUGACCACAUCGUUGGCGUUCCUCAACUCUGGUCAGAACAUGAUCUUCUCUAGUGCCCUCGCAGCGAUGAUGUACCUUGCAUGCAAUGGUGUCGCCAGCGGUUCUCUGACUGUCGGUGACCUGGUUAUGGUCAACCAACUCGUCUUUCAACUGUCGGUUCCGUUGAACUUCCUGGGCUCCGUCUAUCGCGAAUUGCGCCAGUCUUUGUUGGACAUGGAGACGCUGUUCAACCUACAAAAGGUCAACGUGAACAUCAUUGAGAAGCCGAACGCGAAGGCGCUCGAGCUCCGACAAGGUGGCCAAAUUACGUUCGAGAACGUUACCUUUGGCUACCACCCCGAACGGCCCAUCCUGAGGAACGCGAGCUUUACGAUCCCCGCUGGCCAGAAAUUUGCCAUCGUAGGGCCCAGCGGUUGCGGCAAGUCGACGAUUUUGAGACUUUUGUUCCGAUACUACGAUGUCCAGCAAGGCCGAAUCCUCGUUGACGGACAGGAUAUUCGCGAUGUGACGUUAGACAGUCUCCGAAAGGCAAUCGGUGUUGUGCCCCAAGACACGCCUCUGUUUAACGACACCAUCCUGCAUAACAUCCGCUAUGGCAGAAUCGACGCGACCGACGAAGAGGUACACAAGGCUGCACAGCGAGCACGGAUUCACGAAUUGAUUGAGCGCCUUCCCGAUGGAUACAAGACAGCCGUCGGAGAGCGCGGUAUGAUGAUUUCUGGCGGCGAGAAGCAACGGCUGGCCAUUUCUCGCCUGAUCCUAAAAGACCCCAAGCUCCUCUUCUUCGACGAAGCGACAUCGGCACUGGAUACCUACACGGAACAGGCGCUCCUGCAGAACAUUAACAGCAUUCUGAAAGAAAAGGGGCGUACUAGCGUCUUCGUUGCUCAUCGAUUGCGGACUAUCUGUGACUGCGACCAAAUUCUGGUUCUAAAGGAGGGUAGCGUGGCGGAGAUGGGAUCGCACCGUGAACUCCUCGACCAGAGCGGCAUCUACGCAGAGCUAUGGAAUGCCCAGGAAACUUCCCUGGCAGAAGACCAGGAAAGUGAACGGAAUGCCGAGCUUGAAGAAGAGAUAUCGGAGGUACGACAGAAGUAG